ACCAGAGGCCUUCGGGGCCCUCUUCUUUGCUUGGCGGCUGCUGGGGAGGCUGGUGAGAGUGCGCCCUAGAUUAAGCAGGGGAAGCCUCUCCUCGCUGCUCUUAACCGAAACCACGGGCGGGAGCGAAUGACCAGAUCCAACCUGUACUUGUAUCUUACUCUUCUUCAAAAUACUUAUUCUGCUGGUACUGAAGAGGAUGUGUUCCAAGGACAUACUUUGUUGUCAGAAAGUCCAUUAUCAGAGAAGCUUCGUUCCCAGAGGAUUCAUUAUUCAAGGUGAAAAAUUAGAUUAUUUCAAAAGCUGGAGCUGAAUGUAAUGUUAAAUAAUGGCAACAGGUGACUUAAAAAGAAGCUUACGGAACCUAGAACAAGUGCUUCGCUCACUAAAUUAUCCUCAAGAGGUGGAUUGUGUUGGUUUGGUAAAGGGAGAUACAGCAGCAUCUUUGCCCAUCAUUAGCUAUUCCCUUACCUCAUAUUCACCUUAUGUAGCCGAACUUCUGAUGGAAUCCAAUAUAGAGCUCAUAGCGAAGAAUGACUUGCGCUUUAUAGAUACCGUCUAUAAGCUUCUGCGUGAUCAGUUUAAUUAUAAACCAAUCUUGACAAAAAAGCAGUUUCUCCAGUGUGGAUUUGCAGAAUGGAAAAUCCAAAUUAUUUGUGAUAUUUUGAAUUGUGUGAUGAAAAAGCACAAGGAAUUGAGUAGUCUUGAGAAGAUUCCAUCACAACAAAGAAAGAAAAUCAGUUCUGUUAAGUCAGAACCUUCUUCAAGCACUGAGAAAACAUCUACAGAGCCUGUUGGCAUUGACAUCACUGGCAGGUUUAUGACUUCAGGAAAGAAAAAAGCUGUGGUGAUCCGUCACCUGUAUAACGAAGAUGGUGUUAACAUUCCUGAAGAUACAAUAAGUACUGUAACAGAUGUUAGUGAAACAUUUGAUGUGUGUGACUUAAAGACGACUGAAAUAAAGAUUCCUGAAGUAAAGUUCCCUGAAAUCAAGUCUGAACAACAAGAUAUUAAAAUUAAUCCUGAGAUUACUGCACUACAGACUAUGCUUGCUCAAUGCCAAGAAAAGCUUCAGAAACUGACUUUGGUAGAGAGUAGAUUAGACUCUUUGGAAGAAAAAAUGAAAGGAAGAGUGAUGGUAAAUGAAAAAAUGUGGACUAAUCUUCUAAGUCGUGUCACUCUUCUUGAAACAGAAAUGCUUUUGUCUAAAAAGAAUAAUGAAUAUAUAGACUUUAGUGAAACAAAUGAAGACUAUGAAUCUAGUAAUGACAUGGAUAUUCUGAAUCCUGAUAGAAAAAGCAAAGAGGAGAGGCAAACAAGUAUUCCUCUAUCCUCUGGCUAUAGUACAGUGUCAUCAGAUUCAACUCCCAGAACCUCAACUGGUAGUUACUGUGGUUUGAAAGAGAAUUCAGAGGAAACAACAAUCCAGAAAAUGGAAAGGAUGAAAAAAAUGUUUGAAGAAACCGCAGAGUUACUGAAAUGUCCAAAUCACCAAUUAUAGAAUUUUCUGCGUGAACUUCUCUAGGCUUUUGGCUACUGUACAUGUUGUAUAUUUUAAGAAUUCUCUGAAAAUUUUAAUAUACUGCAAUAUUUUUUAUGAAGAAUUUGAAUUCCAUUUGGUAUAUGAGUUUUUUCAAUAUUGAAUAAAUACUUAUUUUUAUGCUGAUUAUA